AAGUCUUCCCCCACGUCCUCCCACCGUCUCAACGCCUCACCCACGACGCUCACGAUCGCCCACGCCGCCGCCCCGCCGCCCAGGUUCCCACCUCCAUCACAACUCCCCGCAGCACCGCCGCCAGAGGCCGACCGGCAAACCCGCACGGCGCCCACGGGGAAGGUGGCGGCACGUGGCAGUGUGGCGGUCUCGUUCCCCUCCCGCCCCACCCCACCAAGCCCCUCCAACAUCGGGACACCACCGGUUCCCCCCUCCAACGCCGCCUCCCUCAUCUCCGGUGACGGGAUCUGGCGAAGCUCCUUCCCCACCACGCUGCCGCACCUCACUCCCGUCUUCUCCGGCCAGCCUCCGCCCGCAACCUCACCCUCCCGUUUUCAGAAGGGAAGGGAAGGGAAGAGAAGAGGGAGAGCGAGCAGGUGAGGCGACGACCAUGGCGCUCGCACACCCGUCGGCCCCGUCGUCCGUCCUCGGUUGCGCGUGAUUCUGCUUAGCGGCGUGGCAGGGUGCCUGCUCCGCGCCCACGCCAUGGCUGGCUCGGGAUGCUGCCCUCCCCCCUGCGUUCUUCUUCUCGGGACGCCGCCAUCGACCUCAGACCACACCGUCGCCGACAUGGAUGCACAUGCCUGCCUCUUCUCCGUGGCUGCACCGCUCCUUCUCCUCCUCGUCCUAACUGCCGGUGCUUGGCAGGAGGAACACGAGCCGCCGCCUCCCGGACGCAGCUCUUCAGUGUGCUUGACAAGGUUUGUGACGCCUCUCUGGUAGGAGAGGAUCGAUGCACACUUAUCCUGGCCGUGAAGUCGAGGACUGGUUUGAUGAUUCUGAUUCGGAUGACCACGCCGACGACAACACGGGGGACGACGGGCACCAUGAGAAAGGACCAAGGGACUCCGAUUUGGACCUGGAUGAUGAAGAUCGUGCCUUUAUGUUUCCAGAUACUUGGGGGAGAAAUAGACAUCCAAGGAAUACAAUGGGAGAGGCUGGCUAUCACACGUGAAAAUUACAGAGAGAUCAGAUUGCAGCAGUACAAAAACUACAAGAAUAUUCUUAAUUCUGGAGAAGCAGCAGCCGAGGAAUGCAAACAGAGUGAGAAAGACGGAAUGUAUUACGAAUUCAGAAAAAAUACUAGAUCUGUAAAAUCAACCAUAUUACAUUUCUAGAUUCUUGUAUGGGCAGAAGAAAGAUAGAAUUGACUUUGCGUAUAGACUAUCCUAUGGAUGUCGAUGGCUAUCACCGGCCAAAGGAGUGUGACGCCAGAUGUUGUAGAGCAUUAGCGAGGAGCUCCCGGACGAAGAUGGCGGUGGCUAAUGAGCACAGUCUACUCGUUGAGGAGGUCAUACAGAUUCAUGUGCAUUCUUGGUUUUAGAAGAAACUGGACUGGUUUGAUUUGAUUCAGUAGUUGUGGUAUUGUUAAAUCCUCGGAUGCAAUAUUUGUUUGGCAGGUCUUUACUAAAAUGGGUCACUAAAGUUGGAGAGGAAGAAAAAAAAUACGUCAUUGCAUAUUCAGGUGGUAAAUGCUUCCUUAUGUUCUUGAUCCUGAGAUAUGACUUGCUUCUCUAUCUACUUUUCUUGCUGGUGGAACAUAAGUAGAGCUAAUAUUUUUCGUGGUUUUAACACAAUCUGGUUGUUGAAAAAAUAGAAUUUGAUGUCCCCUCUUUUACCUUCAUGAUUUACUAUUUGUCUUUCGUAUGAUGCUCAUGUUGCAUGGUUCAGAGCUGCAUCGGGAUUACAAGAAGAACUUUGAGUAAAUACUUGUGUACAAUUCGAGGCAUUUGUGGAACAACAACUGAGAGAAUCUUUUGAUUUUUGUUCACUAUAGUCUUCUUCAAUUUUUGUCAGGGCAUGUGAUGCCGUCACCACAUGAGGUGGGCAGUGCCUUAGCCGUUCAGGACACCAACGAGGUCGCCUCGAAGAUCACCUCGUCCUUGGCUACUGGUCAUCCACCGCACGAGGUGCUCCGACACUUCACCCUAAACCCUUACUUCAUAAUAAGUACUCAGUUACAUAUGCCAUAGGAUUUAAAUAGUUACAUAAUUGAAAAUUGACAUGUUAUUUCAAGGCUCGUACUGGCUUUUCCUUACCUAUUUUGUCUCUCACAGGCUAGAGAUGUCCAAUAUAUUGUAGCUAAUGAUUAUUUAUCCCUAUUUGUAUGAUGCUAUGUAAGUGAUUCUCUCUCUUUUUCUUUCUUUUCCAUGUCUAAAAUCUGCAUAUAUUGAGAGAUAAAAUUGCCUUGUUCAUAGUUUCAAUGUCUGACACAAGGCUGGAGGCAAGAAUGCUUGCUUCUUGCUUGGCAACAUACUUUAGGAAAAAAUAUGGUGUGUCUCCUGUUAAUGCUGCUUCACAGGUUGCCAUAUCAAAGUUUCCCCUUUUAGACGGAGGUGGAUGCAUCAAAGAAGUAAAUGGCACAGGGUCUUCGCUAUGUUAGGCUUCUCAUGUGUCUACCUUGUGUAUGGAGGCCGCCAAUACAUCGAGUUUCAAUUGGUUAUCCUUCUUUACCGAUGUAAAAUAGUUAACUGAUGGUUUUGUUGUAUACUAUUUAGGAAGGCAUUAAUUUGGUAGUAGUACAUAGACUAAGGACGAUCUGAAGAAAAUGUGAGCUACGAAACAAAAAAUCUCAACUCAACAGGGUGAUGUAUGCUAAACGAAAAAUAAAAGCGUUUGUGGUCUGCAAAA